AUGUCCCCUCCAUUGUCCAGCUACAACGCCCGCAAAACCGGCGAGCCCUGCACCAAGGACUUCCGCAUCUACCUGGCAACAGGCGACGAGCUGAUCUCGCCCUGGCACGGUGUGCCGCUAUUUCCAUCGGCGGCCAAGCCUCAUGUGGUCAGCAUGCUGGUGCAGAUCCCGCGGUGGAGCAACGUCAGGCUGGAGAUCGCCAAAGAGGAGUUCUUGACUCCUAUCCGCCAGGCCAUUCAGAAUGACCAUCUCCAGUAUAUCCCUAAUAUCUUUCCGCAUAAGGGAUAUCCCUGGAACUAUGGCUGUCUUCCUCAGACAUGGCAAGACCCCAACCUCCCAGACCCCCACACCCAAGUCCCCGGCGACGGCGGCCCGCUAGAUGUAUGCGAGCUUGCCGGCGCAGUCGAGAAACCGGGGAUCAUCAAGCAGGUGAAGGUGCUGGGUGCCUUUGCCGUGCUGGAUAACGGGCAGACGGACUGGAAGGUGAUUGUGGUAGAUGUGGCGAGCCCGCUCACAGCGAUGCUGCAUGGUAUCGAAGAUGUUGAGACGCAUAUGCCGGGGUAUUUGGCGACGAUGAAGGAGUGGUUUCGGGUUUAUAAGAUUCCCGAGGGGAAGGGGGAGAAUGUUGUGGCGUUUGGGGGGGGAGUUGAAGGGGAGGGACUGAUUAUAUCUAUCAGUUUCACGCUGGCCCUUAUCACCAGGUGCCACGGCAGCUGGAAGAAAAUCCUGGCAGAACCUGGUAUGGAGACCAAGGUGUCAAUGUCCGAUAUUGACAUCAAAGACAUCAAUCUCGCCCGACAGCUCCAAGACGAAUCACACAGCGACAGACUGCAGCUGGCAGACCGGACAGAAGUGGAGAAAUACCACUUCCUCUCGCCGAAUUGGCCGCUCGCAGCAUCGUGCCCGAACCGGGCUAUGGAGGUUUAG